GCCGCUGUUUGUCGCGGUCGGGGUGGUUGUGUAGUAACUGGACAUUAUAUAUUAUAAAUAUCUUGUGAUUGGCUGCCCACGAGACAUUGUGUGAAGGCCUGUGGAUCGUUACGCCAGGAGCAGGAUCCUAUUUGAUGGGCGAAACCCUGAAGAAAAAGUGAAGGUGUGGUUUGAGAUAUGCAUUGGGUGUCCAGAUGCGGAUAUUUCAACUGAACGGGUGAUCAAUCACGCAUAGGUACCAUGGAAAAGCUGAUGACCGGCUUUGUGACAUUGACUAAGAAAGCUGAAAACUUUUUGAGGUCUGAUCAAACUUCUGCAGAAGGGUUUAAGGGUGUAACCAAGGAAAUCUUUGAUAUUGGUGUAAGCUGCCUGAGUGAAAAAAGCUCACUACCCAUCCAGGAACUCUUCAUAGAAGGGUUUGAUCAGGAACAAAUAUGGCAGGAACUGGAGCUGCUGAACGGACUGGAGUGGCCGGCGCUGUCGCGCGAGGUGAGCCGGGUCACGGCGCGCAGCGGCCAGCUGGCGCUGACGACGCAGGCUGCUGGACACGAGGCCACGCCCCCGGCCGCGGUCGGUCGCCGGCCGCUGGCUGGGGAGGCCGUCAGUGACAGCGACGACUCGGCCGGACACGGCGACGCACCGAACAUCAACGGGCCGGACGGCGAGGUGGACGAGGAUGACAUUGAGGACGGGUUUGACGGCCCGGCAGGCGAGGACGACAGCGAGGAUGAGGGUGCCGAGAGCGACGAAGACGGGCCCGGCAGCGGGGAGGGGGAGGAGCCGCUGCCAGAACGACCGCACGCCGCCCGCUCCACGGUGGACGACCGGUUCUUCAAGCUGGGCGAGCUGGAGCAGUUCCUGGAGCUGCAGGAUCGCCAGUUUGAGCGGGAGCGGGCCCGCCGCCCGGCCGACGCCGACGAGCCAGCCGGACCGGACCUGUUCACAGCAGACGCCGGGGAGGAGCGCCGCGCCGCAGCUCCAGGCCGGCGGCGAGCCGACGCCAGGGGGCGCGCAGUGGAGGGUGAGGAGGAGGAGGAAGAUGCGAUGCCCAUGUUCUCGGACUUUUUUGAUCCGCCGGACGACGGGAAGGCGGGCCCACCACAGCCAGCCAAAGGCAAGAGACUGGACCUGCUAGCAUCAGACAGUGAGGGAGAGGAUGUUGCGGACAUCUUGGGAAGCGCGAAGAAAUCUCAGGAGCCGAAGUCAACGCUGGAGAUCCGGCAGGAAAGGCUCAAGUCGCGCAUCUCGCAGCUGGAGGAGCAGAACCUGUCGGAGAAGCCGUGGCAGCAGCGCGGCGAGACGUCGGCGGCGCAGCGGCACGAGAACGCGCUGCUCGAGGAGUACGUGGACUUCGAGCAGACGCGGCGCGCGCCCGAGACGACGGCCGAGGUGACGACCGAGGUGGAGCGGCUCAUCCUGCGCCGCGUGCGCGACCGCGCCUGGGACGACGUCGAGCGCAAGGUCAAGCCUGUCACCGACCCGUACGAGUAUAAGAAGCGGCUGCUGCUCGACCAGGAGAAAUCGAAGCUGAGCCUGGCCCAGAUCUACGAGCAGGAGUACCUCAAGCAGAAGGCCGAUGCGGAGCAAAAGCCCGAGGUGGACCUCAGCCUGGCGCAUGACGAGGUCGAGGACAUCCCCAAGGAGCACGAGGAGAUCCGGCGCAUGAUGGCGGAGCUUUCUGCCAAGCUGGACACGCUCACCAACUUCCACUACAUGCCGAAGCAGUCGUCGGCCGAGGUGCGCAUUGUCAGUAAGCUGCCGGCGAUCUCCAUGGAGGAGGUGACUCCGCUGGGCUCGUCCAACGCCACGCUCCUGGCGCCGGAGGAGAUCAAGGACAAGCGGCGCUCCCAGCUGCUUGCCAAGGAGGAGCGCUCCGACACGGACAAGAAGCGCGAGCGGCGCAAGAAGAAGCGCCGCCAGUCUGUCAAGGCGCGCGACCAGGAGCGGCGCGAGCGGCAACAAAGCUCAGGGAUGCCGUCAUCACGCGACCAUCGUCCUAAAGCCUGUAUGAAAGACGAGUCAUCCGGCUGCGUGCGGUCCGGCAGCCCGUCGCUGGUCGGUCCGGGCCGUGUCUGUGUGACGUGUGGAAUGACGCGCUGCCUCUCCCCGCAGGCUGACGACAAGGGCGGCAAGAAGGCGCUCAAGUCGUCCACGGCCUUCUUCAGCCAACUGCAGGACCAGGUGACAGCCCAGGUGGCCGGCGUCAAGCCGCCCAAGAAGAAGAGGAAGGUGACGACGUCGGCGGAGGUGGCCAGGAUGCGACUGUAGUGGACAUUGAGCGCUGGGUGGGAGGGCAACCGUACAGUCAUGCGAAUUGUCUGAUGUGUACCGCAAAUACAUGUGCAAACUGUG